AUGACUGUCACUCAUAGCAAGACCAUCCUCAUCACCGGGGCCUCGGUCCGCGGGACUGUUCGAUCCGAGAAGGCCGCAGCAAACGUACGCAAGGGAUUUUCGCAGUAUAAUGAUUGGCUGUCAUUCGCUAUUGUUGAGGAUAUAGCACAACUCGGAGCUUUUAAUGAAGCCGUGAAAGGGGCCGAUGGUAUCGUCCAUACCGCUUCUCCAUUCCAGACUUCAGUGCAGGACAAUAAGCGAGACCUCCUGUGGCCCGCUAUUAACGGCACUACGUCUAUUAUUCAGGCAGUCCAAGAGAAUGCACCGCAAGUUCGUCGUGUCGUGAUCAAAUCUUCAAUGGCUGCCGUGAUAGACGUCGCAAAGGGUCCGCAGCCCCAGCAUACAUAUACCGAAGAAAAUUGGAAUCCUAUGACUUUCAAACAGGCUGAAAGUGCUCUUGGUAUAGUCGCAUAUGCUGCUUCCAAGGCAGUUGCGGAGAAAGACGCCUGGAGUUAUAUGGAAACGAACACCACUCACUUCAGUCUUACCACGAUUUCACCCAUGAUCUAUGGCCCCGUGGAGCACCAUGUUCCUACUAUAGAGAGAUUGAAUAGAAGUGCGGGUGAUAUCUACAGGUUGUUCAAUGGUAGCAGCACUGAGAUAUCGUCGGCGAUUCUGCUAGUCUUCGCGGAUGCUCGUGAUGUUGCUCAAGCCCACCUCUCUGCCUUUGAAUCUGAGAAGGCGGCAGGAGAGCGUUUCAUUGUUGGUUCUGGAGGUUACACCUAUCGCGAGAUCUGUGAUAUACUUCGGUCAAUCGUCCCUGAGGUCAGGGAUAAGGUCCCUAUUGUUCAGCCCGGGAAAGUCGAACCGGGAAUCAUCAAUGUCUCUAAUAACAAAGCCAAGACCUUUCUGGACAUUACUUUCCACACGCUGCAGGAGAUCGUGAAGGACACUGUAUAUAGCUUGCUAGCUCUAGAGGAGGCACUCAAGGCAUAA